AGUCGCUAUAUUGGCUGCAGUGGCGUCGCGAGCAACUAACUGAUGUUAUGGGAAGCUCUGAGAGUUUGUGUCUUUUCCGUUUAGAAGACCAAGAUGGCUCGAGGUCCGAAAAAGCACUUGAAGCGUCUUAACGCGCCGAAAGCAUGGAUGUUGGACAAAUUGGGAGGUGUAUAUGCACCACGUCCAUCCACUGGGCCCCACAAGCUCAGGGAAUCUCUUCCUCUUGUCAUUUUCCUCCGUAAUAGAUUGAAGUAUGCCCUGACCAACUGUGAAGUGACAAAAAUUGUGAUGCAGCGUUUGAUUAGAGUCGAUGGCAAAGUUCGUACAGACCCCAACUAUCCAGCAGGUUUUAUGGAUGUAAUCACUAUCAAGAAGACUGGUGAAUUCUUCAGACUGAUCUAUGAUGUUAAAGGACGUUUCACUACUCACAGAAUCACAGCAGAAGAAGCCAAGUACAAGCUGUGUAAAGUAAAGCGUGUUCAAACUGGACCUAAAGGUAUUCCAUUCUUGGUGACGCACGAUGGUAGGACCAUUCGUUAUCCAGACCCAGUCAUCAAGGUCAACGACACCAUUCACUUGGACAUUGCUACUAGCAAAAUCUUGGAUUCUAUCAGAUUCGAUUCGGGUAAUCUGUGUAUGAUCACUGGUGGGAGAAAUUUGGGACGUGUCGGCACGGUAGUCAGUCGCGAACGUCACCCUGGAUCCUUCGAUAUUUGUCACAUCAAGGAUUCGCAAGGACAUACUUUUGCAACAAGGUUGAAUAACGUGUUCAUCAUUGGCAGAGGUACAAAGCCCUACAUUAGUUUACCGAGGGAUAAGGGUGUUAAGCUAUCAAUCGCUGAAGAACGCGACAAGAGGUUAGCAGCGAAAGGUGUGAAUUAAUGUAAAUAUUCAAUAAAACUUUCAAUAAACCGAGAAUUUCUAACAAUAAAA